UGUUGCUCUGUCUGCGUGAGAGCUUUAUCACAAAUCAGAGUGUCGGCGUCUGCAGAAGUUUACAGGGCAAGAGUUCACCGCUUUGUCGCUAAAUCCGGGAGUUCCUCUCAGUUUCAUGAUAGCUGGCGAAGUUUACAGGCAAAAACUGGAACUCAUGACAACUUCGAAGGAGCCGCUGUCCGCAAAAAUAACUCCAGCCUUACUCAUGGAUAUAAAUUAAACCCGUGAAAUACAGCGGAUACUUUGAGCCGGUGUGGAAGGCGGUGUUUUCAUUGGCUUUACGGACAGCAACGAAGAUUCCCUUUUAAACGAGGAGAGUUUUCGGGGGGUAUUUUAGGGAGUGGGGCCCGAGACAUGAUGUCCAUCGGAGCUAAAAGCUGACGCUGUAGAAUGAGAGAGGAUGGAAGAGACAGACAACCCUGCCCCCGUGAGCAACCCUAAUGGGUUUGUCAACCGAGUGUUUAAUGUUUCUCUGGAUGUGGAGAAUGAGAGCAGCAGUGUUUAUAUUGAGGAGGCUGGGCCAGGGCCUGCAGAGGGGCAGAGAGACCCCCAGGCUGCUUCUUCUCAGACCCCUGUCAAGGACAGCCAGGAGGUCAACCGGAGGCCCCGUGCUACAGGGGGCAUCUGGAAGAUGUUGAACCGAAAGAGAGCGGGUUCAGAGCUGGAGCGCAGACCCCACUCCAUGAUCCUGCCCGGGGAGGCUUCCAUCCCUAAACUCUCCUUUGCUGACAAAGUUCGCUCCUUCAAGAAGCUUAAAUCCCCUAUUGUGUUCCGAGGGAAGACGGGAAAAUUGUCCACUGCCAGGUUCGGCAGCUCCUUUGUGGAUGAGGACUCUUUCUGCCACGACAUUGGCACACCACAGCAGUCAAGCAGGGGCACUCUUAGAAACCGUGGCAAGAGGCACUCCUAUGCAGGCUACACAGCAGAAUUUGAAUGCUCGUUUGAAGACAUCGACCUCACAGCUACUUUAGAUAGACACCAGCGCAUUGUGACAGGGGAGACUGUGACUCAGAAUGGUUGUAAACCACCAGAAAGAGUCUGCUAUACUAAAAGAAACCACAACAACUCUACCAACUGUAACAAAACUGCUGCAGGCUGCGAGGAGCCGAGCAUUAAAGGUAGCCCGAGCACCCACCAGGGUCAGGGAAGGAAGAACAAAGAUGUGUGGAGUUACCUGAGGAGGAUCUCCCUGUUGGGGAAGGCCAAUCCCGUCUUUUCAGAGAGGAGCUUUGACUCAGAGCUUCCCUCUUGGGACAAGACCAUGGACUCAGAAUACGGUUCUGUGGACUUUGAGAACGUCAAAGACUUUCAACCGCCGCCCCCGAAACACUCCACUGACACCAAGGGGCACUUUGGUGGUCUGUUCAAGUUUUUUAACAGUGUAGCAGAGACAGCCAGGAAGUGGCGGACCACAUCACACUCCUUUGCUCCUCCAGAGGGAGAGAGGACGCCGAUGAGCUCACCACAGCCCACAGUGGACAACAUUCACAGUGUUUCCCUGACACUCCACAGUGAUGGGCUUCCAAAAUCCCAACCAGCAACACCAGCGACCGCUAAAUCCUCGCACACAAGUAGCCUUGAGAGGGAGGAUCCAGCACCUGAGACAGGUGGACGGUCCACUCAAGUUGUCCUGAGAGCCUUUAGGGCAUACUCAGGAUCUCGAGCUGUUAAUGGCCUUCAGAGGUCAGAGGGUGCAGAGACACAUUUAGAGACAAACCACAGGUCCACAGCCAUAGUAGAGAAUAAUUCCCCAAAACCAGGUCCAACUACACAUACCAAAGAAGAAGAAGAGGUCGAAAAGGAUCCAUUAAACUGUCUCUGUCCAGAGGAAAAGGUAGAGGGACAGACAGGAAAUGACCCAGAUUCCAGGGAUGCUCCACCUGACUCCCACCCGUUACAGGAAGUGAGUGUCCAAUCACAACAAGGUGAUAAAGAAAGCACCACCAAUAGCGUGCCAGCAUCAGAUUCCACAGAGGAGAUAUUUAAGCUGUGUGAGCAGAUUGCCAGCCAGACAGGCUGUGGUGUGAUGCAGACCCCCGCCCGCCCCAGCACAGAGAAGACCUCUGUUCCCCACAAGCCCCCGCGCCCUCGCCCUCGUCCUGUCUCUGCUGUACUGGACCUGCGGGGGCUCAACAACCUGGACCGAGACCUCUACAGCCACUACAGUGAGGUCGGCUCGCUCUGCCGGCGGAGACGCAGGCCUGCUCCCAGCAUGCACCUCUCUCCGGGGCCGAGGCGGACGGCUGCUCGCUCCAGGCCUUGCUCAGUCAUAGAGACCGGUGUUACUAGGGAGAUGCAGUCCACGGAGCUGCACCACAGAGCCUUGUCUCGCCCCCCGGGUGUGUCCCCGUUAGAGCCCCCACUGAGGGCGUCUCUCCAGCGGUGCCGCUCCCUGCCGCUCCCCCCCAGCACUCUCUCUGCCUUGGCUCUGCUCCUGCCCAAGUCAGACAUGGGUCAACCUUCGUCGUCGUCGGUGCGCCUGCGGUCCGGAGGCUCCGGCAGCUGCAGGAGGGGGAGGCUGCUGAGGCCCGGAUCAGAACCACUGCAGGUCAACAUAUUGAUAAGUGGAGGUUCAAUCGUCAACGCUGAGGCGGUAUGGGACCAUGUGACCAUGGCGGACCGGGAGUUGGCGUUUAAGGCCGGUGACGUCAUCAAGGUGCUGGACGCCUCCAACAAGGACUGGUGGUGGGGCCAGAUUGACGAGGAGGAAGGAUGGUUCCCUGCCAGCUUCGUACGGGUGGAACCCCACCCUCCUCAGCCCCAAACAAAACAGGUUUUCUAUCUCAACCCCAUAGCAACUCCACGGUUCCAAAACACCACGUCAAAGCUGUGGGUGAAUCAGGAGGAUGGGGGAGGGGAGCCAUCCGAGGGGACCAGUGAGGUGCAGAACGGGCACCUGGACCCGACCAAUGACUGCCUAUGUCUGGGCUCGCCCCUCCAGAACCGGGACCAGAUGAGAGCCAACGUCAUCAACGAGAUCAUGAGCACAGAGAGACACUACAUCAAACACCUCAAGGACAUCUGCGAGGGCUAUUUGCGCCAGUGCAGGAAGCGUGUGGACAUGUUCAAUGACGACCAGCUGAAGGUCAUCUUCGGGAACAUCGAGGACAUCUACAGGUUCCAAAUGGGCUUUGUUAGAGACCUGGAGAAACAGUACAACACAGACGACCCCCACCUUUCUGAAAUCGGGCCGUGCUUUUUAGAACACCAAGAUGGUUUCUGGAUCUAUUCUGAAUACUGUAACAACCACUUGGACGCCUGUAUGGAGCUGAGCAAACUGAUGAGGGAUGGGAGGUACCAGCACUUCUUCGAGGCCUGUCGCCUCCUCCAGCAGAUGAUCGACAUUGCCAUCGACGGCUUUUUGCUCACCCCUGUCCAGAAAAUCUGCAAAUAUCCACUCCAGCUGGCUGAGCUUCUCAAAUACACUGCGCUGGAGCACAGUGAUUAUCGAUACGUGGCAGCGGCGCUGGCAGUGAUGCGGAACGUCACUCAGCAGAUCAACGAGAGGAAGAGGAGACUGGAGAACAUCGACAAGAUCGCCCAGUGGCAAGCCUCCGUUCUGGACUGGGAGGGCGACGAUAUCUUGGACAGGAGCUCGGAGCUGAUCUACACCGGGGAGCUGUCAUGGAUCUAUCAGCCGUACGGGCGCAGCCAGCAGCGAGUCUUCUUCCUCUUUGAUCACCAGCUGGUCCUCUGUAAGAAGGAUCUGAUUCGCCGGGACAUCCUGUACUAUAAGGGCCGCAUCGAUAUGGAUCGCUACGACGUGCGGGACGCCACAGACGGGCGCGACGACGACUUCAACGUCAGCGUGAAGAACGCCUUCAAAUUGUGCAACAAAGACAGCGAGGAGAUCCACAUCUUCCUGGCCAAGAAGCCGGAGGAGAAGAACCGCUGGCUCAGGGCCUUCCACGAGGAGAGGAAGAUGGUGCAGGAGGACGAGAAAAUCGGUUUCGAGAUCUCUGAGUACCAGAAGCGGCAGGCGGCCAUGACAGUGAGAAAGGUGACCAAACAGAAAGGUGUAAACAGGUGCACGCCCCCCUCAUACCCGCCCCCGCAGGACCCCCUCAGCGCGGGCCAGUAUGAGGUAUCGGAGGACAUGGCACAAGGAGAGGUUUUUGAAUUCAGUCAAUCCAAAAGAGGCCAGGCUCCUUUCUGGCAGAAUUUUAGUAGAUUAGCUCCAUUUAGGAAAUAGAGAUACGCGGACUCUUCUGAAGGACCAGAUAUUUUUCUUAGACGCACUAAACACUGGAUGAUCCUGACCCAUCAUGAAGAAAAAUACGACAAACACACACAAGAGACUUUUGAAAAAUGAAGGACUAUUGUGAAUAUGAUCGGCAAGAGGACUGAAGACUUUGGAUUUAAACAUUUAAAAACGUUACGAUUCAUAUAUGUUAGCAACGUUAUAAGUUAUCACGCUUCUCCGGCUGAACUCUUUCCCCCUCGGAUUCUGCAUCCUCACGCCAUCUGAAUGUCCUGGAGUUAUUUACAUUGUUAUAUCAAUUCAUUUUGAAUCCAUCGUCUGGAGAGAGAAGGCAGAGCCGGGGCAUUUCCUCGUAGUAAGAUCGUGAUAGAACAAGCUGACAUGUUGCUGCUAUGUGAGAUUGCUUGUUUGCAUUCUUCUGAAUGUGAGGUUGAAUAAUUGACAGCUGACGAAGGACCCGCGGAAGCUCGGCGUCAUCUCUGAUCCAUUCUGCCACUGAUCUCAGAGCAGCCAUGCCAUCACUGUGUCUGCCCCCCCUCCUUUACUCCCCUCUCUAGCUGUCCGCAUUAUAGUAACCCUCUCUUCACCCAGUAUGACGUUCUCAGUGUUUCCCUCGCUCUCUCCUCUCUAUCUCCCGCUCCAUCCUCAGUGAGUCACAGGCUCUCAGAGGAAACAGCUUCAUUCUCUUGGCAGGCUGCCAUCGGCCACGAUACGACGGGUCAGGGAACAAAUCGAUAGAUGGGAACAUCAAUAGAAUAUUUUCAUCCUUUCA